AUGGUCCCAUUGCGACCUUCGCUCUCUCAAGUGCCCGUACCUAGACCUUCCAAGCCAUCACUGACCACGACAAGAACGCCAGUCCGCUAUAUGCCCUCUGCUGCCACGAUACACCCUCACUCCCCAGUUCAACAACCCACGAAUACUAGUAUGAAUGCUCCAAACCCCACACUGGCGCCCGAGGACGACCAACGCAUUAGAUCAAGCUCACAGAGACCUUAUGAUUUCAAGUGGGCGGCACAUGAGCAGAGCGGCAGUGAAUUGGCACAGCCCUACGAACCGACAUCUUCAAGGUACCAGGGAACGGGUGUGCCUACAUACCAUUCCCUUGCAGUGCAGGACUCCCUGCAGGAACGGGGACCAGUUGCGGGCGCAUCACGACCACUACCAUGGGUAUUACCAACUCAUUCCCAUCAUCAAUAUCAACAGCAGCAAUAUCAAUCCCCACCCUUCCAACACCGUCUAUAUGCCUCCUCAUUCACAAUCCCAUUCACACCUAUAAACCGCUCAACAAUUGCUGCUCCCCGCGCACUCACAUUUCAUCAACUACAGCAACACCACCACUACCACAAUCAUUUCAAUUCCGGCCCACUCCAAUCCCACAGCUCCGGCUCCAACCUGCGCUCACAAACCUCCACCAGUCCCCGCUCAGUCACACCUCCAACCGCCGCCAGUGCAACAACCGCCUACAUUACCCAAUCCUCCUCGCAACCAACCAUAACAACGGGCACCCGACCUCUCCUCAUAAUCCUCGAUCUAAACGGCACUCUGAUCCAUCGCAUAGGCCGGCGGCCACUCCGUUUCAAGACACGCCCAGGCCUAUACAACUUUAUCAACGAGCUCUUCGAGAACUACACUGUGAUGGUAUGGACGAGCUCACGGCCACAGACGGUGCGAGAGGUACUGGAGAGGACAUUCGUGGCGGAGGAGAGGGAGAAAUUUGUCGCCGUCUGGGCGCGGGAUACGCUGGGGUUGAAUGCAAAGCAGUAUGCAGAGAAGGUGCAGGUUUACAAAAGGCUGGAUAAGGUGUGGGGCCACAAGGGAAUCGCAAGGUCCUACCCGGCAACAAUUGAAAAUGAGAGUAAUGGAAACGACGAGGGUAAUGCUACUACUACUACGUCUACGACCACGGCUACUCCUGCUAUGAGCGGCGGCGACGUCAGUGUGGGGAUGAAGAAGAAGAAGAAGAAAAAGAAGAAAGGAAAAGACAGGAGGAACCAAGAGUCAUCUGGCGACACACCCUGGAACCAAACAAACACCCUCCUCAUCGAUGACAGCGCCCUCAAAGCCCUCGCGCAACCGUACAACAUCAUCGAAAUCCCCGAAUUCGCAAACGAGCACCCACCCGCGCAUGAGGAGAAGGUGCUUGACACCGUCCUACGGCAACUACGCGUGCUAUCGCGUCAUGCGGAUGUUAGUUGCAAGGUGCGUGAGUGGGAGGAGCUGAGGAGAGGUUUGCAACGGCAACAUCAACGGCAAGAGGGGAAAAGUGGAGGAAAUGCCCAAGAGGAUGGGAAUGGGCAUGGGCAUGUGGAAGCGCAUCUGCCGAAAUCGCAUUCGCGAGAGGAUAUCGAGAGGUUCUGGGAUUUGCAGUUGGCGAGGGAUGAGGAGGCUAUUAGACGGAUGGAUGGACGGAGGGACGAGGACGAGGACAAGGAGGAGGGCGGCGCUGGCAAUCUGCAUACUGUGGAGACCGAUGUUGAGACCGCAGCCAUAUCGAUACCCCAUCGUCAAGGUGGUGGGGAGGGUUCUCAAGGGCGAAUCCAGAAGAGUUAUGGCGAUGAGCGAACGCCGUCGCCGACGCAGCGCGAGCAUUCACGCAUCCUCUUGACCGAAAGGCGUCUUCAAAUCCACACGGACAACGAAGAAGCAGGAGUCCUCGUCGAAAAGAAGAACCACGUAAAGAAGCAGAAGAAGGCUGCACGGCGCGAUGUGACAGCUGCUACAGACGCCAUUACUCUUACUGGCGAGGAGGGUAUAUGUGGAUGA